AUGGCCGACGUAUACCGCAGAAGCGGCCGCGGCGGCGCCGGCAACUUCUACUCGCAGAAGGACAUCGACGACGUCGUGAACCGCGCCGGCCCCGAGGACGACCUCGAGGCACAGAAAGCGUCGCUGCCCAUAGACGACACGCCCACCGACCCAGCAGACGCCCCUGCCCCCGCCCCUGCCCCUGCUCCUACUCCUACUGCCCCUCAGUCGCAACCGCAGUCGCAAACCCCAUACCCAUACGCGCGCUCCGGCCGCGGCGGCGCCGGCAACUUCAUCGACACGACCGUCCUCCCGCCUCUAACCACCGGCACCACAAACCCGCUAUCCAUGCAUCCCGUGUCGCCCUCCCCCAACUCCACCCCCAACUCCACCACCACCAGUACCUCAACUUCAACCCCAACCCUAACAGCACCCGCGCGCAGCGUAUACUCCGGCCGCGGCGGCGCCGGGAACUGGACCUCCUCAGGGGAUAGCGGGGAGGUGUACGACGCGGAGCAGGAGCGGCGGCGCAAGCAGGCGCUCGACGGCGACAUCCUGCGCGACAUACGCGAGAACCUGCCGCUGCCGCCGCGCAUCCAUUAUACGCACGGGCCCGGCCGCGGGCGGCGGCCGGAGCAUGCUGUUGAUAGCUAG